UGUUGCAGGACAGGCUCCUCCGCCCCGGAUGUCGCGCUGUCCACCACAUGCGCGUCUUUCCGGUUAAAGGAUGGUUUGCUCUCUGAACCAGUGUUUAUGUUAAAUUUUGUAUUUUUUGAAUGUUUUAUCGACCGCCGAGUAGUGACAGUCGAUCUCUUAAAGGAUAUAACUUCGUCUUAAUGCAUAUGUGGUCAUGACUCAUGUCAUUCAAAACUACCAGCACUAUGUACAGCGGGUUAGCAGCAGCAUCCCAACCUAGCUGAAGAAACGGUUGCCAUGCAAACAGAGGCUGAGCACAAUGGGAUAUUUGUCGAUCCGAGCUUCCCCGCUGAUGACUCCUCCCUCUUCUGUGACUACACCACGCCCCUCUCCAGUGUGCUGGGCGAGGUCACAUGGCUCCGCCCACAGGAGAUCUGUGAGCAUCCUCAACUCUUCCCUGAUGACCCUGUUGAGGCAAACCCAAAGCAAGGCAUUCUGGGAGACUGCUGGUUGCUCUGUGCCUGCUCCAUGUUACUCAAGAACCAGCAUUUGAUGAACAAGGUAUUUCCACAGGAACAGCCUGUAUGGGGUGACAGUGGUUACCAUGGUGAUUUCCGGUUCUGCUUCUGGAGGAACGGGCACUGGAUAGAGGUACGAGUGGAUGACCGGCUGCCCUGUAUCAAUAGCACUCCCUGCUUCUCAAGAUGUCAGAGCCCCAGAGCAUUCUGGGUAGCACUGCUGGAGAAAGCUUAUGCCAAGUUACAUGGUUCAUAUGAGCGUUUGUGGGCGGGGCAAGUAUGCGAGGCCAUGGUGGACUUAAGUGGAACCAUAGCAGAACGAUGGAGUCUAAAAAGAAUGGAUUCACCACAACAGUCCAACAAAAUCCAGACUCAGGACAAUGAGAUGAGUCUAUUUCAACUGUCAGAGGAAAUGAAAAAGCGGUGUUCCAUCAGCUGCUCUGUCCACAGCGCAACCACUGGGGUCUUAGAGCUUGGCCAGUUUCACGCCAUGAGUGUGAUGGAGUGGACAAAUGCGAUAACAAAAACUGGUGAUCAAGUGCAGCUAAUCAGGAUUCGAAAUCCCUGGGGUAGGAGGAGUUGGGGCGGGACCUGGAAGGAGAGUGGAUCAGGGUGGAGUUGUUUAGAACCAUCAUGUGCUCAGGCUCUGCUUGGCCGUACGGCAGAGGGGGAAUUCUGGAUGGACGAGACGGAAUUCCUGCAGGAAUUUGAUGAGGUCACAGUGAGUUACCCAAUCAAUGAGGCAGGACACCUCCAGAGCAUUUACACAGGUGCUUUUCUAACCCACAGUCACCAGAUCGGAGGCCGCUGGGUCAAAGGUCACUCUGCAGGUGGUUGCCGUAACAACAGCACUUUUAGCACCAAUCCUAAAUACUGGCUGAAAGUGUGUGAGAGGGGAGAAGUGUUGCUGUCAUUGAUGCAGUAUGCAAUACCUGAACCACCAGCAGAGGGCAGUGUGAAGCAGCACCCAAACCUGCAGGCCAUUGCACUUCACGUGUGGAAGGUGGAGAUGAAGCGAUUUAACCUGAUGCAGACGGUCAGCAGCCCGCCCAUUUUGUCACGCACACAUGCGUACGAUCGUGAGGUCGUUUCACACACCCACCUGAGCUCUGGGUUUUACCUGCUGGUUCCUAGCACCUUCGUGCAGGGAGCUGAAGGACGGUUUCUUCUGAGAGUUCAUUCAUCCUGUAUGACCUCUCUUAGUGUGAUGAAAUCGGCGACUCCUUCCCAGCACUGUUCAGAAGGAGAGUGGGAGUCCAUCACCUCUUGUGGAUGUUGGAGUGUCGGUUCGACUGCUGGAGGAGGUCGCAACUUCCCCACACAUGGGCGCAACCCCCGCAUACCCCUCUCUGUGACCUAUGACCCUGGAGGGAACAAUGUUAGGGUCACUCUACGUCAGAACAGGCCAGAACAUGCCUUACAUGCCAUUGGCUUCCAUAUUUAUCAGGUACCUGAUGGUGGCUCUUACUCCUCAUUGGCCACUAAUGUCACGUCUCCUGUGGUUAGCUGUGUUCCUCAUGCCCAUUCCCAAGAGGUCAGCGUGUUUUGCCAUUUAGAGCCGGGCGAGUACGCUAUAAUUCCCUCCACAUACCAGCCUGAUCUCAGCGCUCACUUCACGCUGACCUUAGCACGCAGGAUAUAUCGAAAAGCAAUGCAGAGUCAGGAGUGUUUGGGUCGUGCCAUUCAGGAGGUCUCCUGUAUCUCUGUGAUGAGACGGUAGUCUUGGGGAAGUGGAUCAGAUGUCCAUGCUUAGAUAGUGUGUGUGCUGGUUCUUUUCAUCUCGGACUAGAGAUGAAAGUCUUUUUAACACAUUGAAACUUUACAAUGAAU